AUGUCCCGUUUCGUGAAUAAAGUCGCGCUAGUUACAGGUGCUGCCAGUGGAGUCGGACGAGCGAUCAGCAGAAAACUAGCAAACGAAGGCUGUGCUGUUGCCCUGGUCGAUCUGAAUACAGACUCCUUGGCGGAAGAAUUCGAGUAUUUGAAGAAGAAGAAUAUGCAGGUCUCUGCUCAUGAUAUCGACUUGUCGGAUGUUUCCCAAUUUGAACAGCUCAUGGAAAAUGUCAUCAAAGAGCAUGGUCAACUAAAUGCACUUUUCAACAACGCCGGAGUCAUCGGAGCGGGAAAAAUCGGCGAACUGGACCCUGAUACAUUCGAUCAGCUCACCGCCAUCCAUCUCAAAGCGCCUAUAUUUCUCACACAAGCGGCGAUGCCAUUCCUGUCAAAAACACAAGGCGCAGUGGUGAAUACUUCUUCCGCAUCUGGGACAACAACCUUUCCUCUCCUUUUGACGAUGUACGGGACCUUGAAAGGAGGACUGGCUCAUUUUACGAAGUACACAGCAGCUCAUGGAUUUAGGCAUUCGGGAGUUCGGGCAAAUGCGAUUGCUCCAGGUGUGAUCCGAACAGGAAUGACGGAAAACAUCUACUUUGACGAAGAAGUGGGCAAUUUGGAAAUGCAGCAGUGCGUUCGAAAUGCUGCUCCUGUCGGCGGCGGAAUCAUUGACUCACUUAUUCUUUCCGUUUCCGCGAGUUUUCUUCCCGAAUCUCGAUUCCAGCAGCGAGAUCUCACUGAGAACUACAAAAACUACAUGUCAUCCCCUUACGAUGACGACACUGGAUCAAUGAGCAACUUCCUCCUCAGAAAACGAAGCUUCCGACUUUAA